UGUGCUGUGCGUCCCGUCUCCAUGGGGACGACAACGUGGCGGCUGCGUGAGUUCCGAGCGUUGGUCUCAAGGACCCUGGGAGCGGCUGGAGUGACUGGGAAGGUGCCCAGACGAUCAUGCAGAGUGCCGUCAGCUCUGCCUCGAGGCCCCAGGACAGCAAGGAAUGGGUCAUGUACUCCGCCUCAUUCCUGAGUGCCAGCACCAUGGUCGUGCCCACCAUCACUGGCAACAGCACGGCCAUGAGCGCCUGCAGCAACAGCAAUGGCAGCUCCUGCUCUGCCUGUCCUGAGGUCACCAACAAAUGCUUCCCAGUGAAAACUGAGAGAGUGAAGAAGAAGGUCUUCUGGGGCAUCAAGGUGCCAGAGCUGCUGAAGUGGAAAGGCUGGCAUCUGGGGAUGGAGGUCAGCAAGAACCUGGUUCUGAAAAAUCUGUCCUUGAGCACCCAAAAGAUCAAAUACAGACCCCCCAAGACCAAGUUCUUCUUCACAGUCAUCCCUCAACCCAUCUUCCUAAGCCCAGGCAUAACCUUCACGCUCCCCAUCAUCUUCCGGCCACUGGAAAAGAAGGAAUAUGCUGACCAGCUGUGGUUUGAGAAGGAGGAGGGGGCAUUCUGUGUGGACCUGAGGGCCACCCUGCCCUGUCACACACUGAGCUGCCCUCAGUCCCUGCAGCUGCCUGCAUGCGCGGUGGGAGACCUGACAGAAGCCUGGUUCUGCCUGGACAACGUGGGGGAACUGCCCACCUUCUUCACCUGGGAGACCUCCAGCCCCUUCCAGAUGCUGCCCUCUACAGGGCUGCUGGAGCCCAGCCAGUCCUGCCGGGUCAAGGUCACCUUCCAGCCUACAGAGGCCGGCAUCCUGGAGGUCCAGGCCACGUGCUGGUAUGGAGAGGACAGCAAGCAGAGAAGCAGCCUGGAGCUGCGGGCUGUGGCCAAGUGUGCUCAGCUGCUGGUGAGGAUGAAGAAGAAACGCCCUGAGGACCAGGACGCGGAGGGUGCCCCCAAACUGCUGCACUUCGGCCGGGUCCCCGUGGGCCACACCACAGUGCGGCAAAUCCAGCUGUACAACCCCACGUCGGUGAGCACCUCCUUCAGGAUCGAAAUGGCCCCCGACGUGCUGGCAGGAGACCGGACCUUCUGGUGCCCCACAGAGCAGGGCACCGUGUGCGCAGGGGAGACCAAAGCCCUGUCCGUCUUCUUCCGCCCAGAAUCACUAGACGCCCGCACCAUGGACUACCUGACCGUCAUGCCGUGUGGCCCUGCCUCGCAGACCCUGCUCAAACUCGUUGGUUUCUCCACAGGUCCCGCUGUGACCCUCCAGCGCUCCUGUGUCAACUUUGGCUGUGUCAACCUGGGCAAGCGCUCGGAGCAGCCACUGUGGAUAGAGAACCAGUCAGACAGUGUGGCCGCCUUCCAGUUUGCCCUGGACUGGCAGGAGAGCGUGUUCAGCAUCAGCCCAGCCUCAGGGAUGCUGGGGGCCAGGACGCGUCUCACCCUGUACUGUGCCUUCCGGCCUUGUCACCCGAUCAUCUACUUCCUGCGGGUGGCCUGUCUGCUCCACCACCAGGAGCCAGUGUUCCUGGACCUGAUGGGGACCUGCCACUCGGACAGCACCAGGCCUGCCCUCCUGCGGCCUCAGCACCUGACCUGGUACCGCACGCACCUGGCCCGGGGGCUGAGUCUCCAUCCCCCUGACGUCCUGGCCAUCAUGCUGAAGGAGAAGAAGCUGGAGCAAGACAAGGAUGGGGCCCUCAUGAUUGCUGCCGAGGACGCAGAGGACACACCAGCCCUGCAGUACCCUCUCAUCCCCCCCAUGGCCGAGUACUUCUUCGACGGCACAGCUGACCUGACCAUCUUCCCCCCGCCUGUCAGUGUUGAGCCUGGGGAGGUGGAUUUUGGUGACUGCUCAGGGUCCGAGUGCCCCAACCCAGUCCCCCUCUGCCUGACGAAUCACACCAAGGGCAAGAUCACCGUGGUCUGGACAUGCAGGGAUGGCUGUCCCUUCUGGGUGACCCCCCAGACCUGUGAUGUGCCCCCACUCAAGUCUACCGCUCUACGCCUGCACUUCCAGCCACCCCACCGCAAUGGCCUCUUCUCCUCCCAGCUUGAGGCCUUCGCCCUCUACAAGGUGCAUGAGAGUGGGGAGAUGGGCGGGCGGCUGCCUGGGCACUGGCUGGCAGUGGGUGAGGCUGGAGGGGUGGUCAAAGGUGCCUGAGGACUCGAGCUCUCA